CCUCCCUCCCUUCUUAACCUCCUCUUCUAUUGCUGACAAUUUGAACAUAGUGUUCUAUACAAACUUCGCCUUUUGCCAGCUUUGCAAGUAGAUUGCACUCCACAUGGGAAGACAUUCUUGCUGCUACAAGCAGAAGCUCAGGAAAGGCCUGUGGUCUCCUGAGGAAGAUGAGAAACUUAUGAAGCAUAUAACUAAGUAUGGACAUGGGUGUUGGAGCUCAGUUCCUAAACUAGCAGGGUUGCAAAGGUGUGGGAAGAGCUGCAGAUUGAGGUGGAUCAAUUACUUGAGGCCUGAUUUAAAGAGAGGGACAUUCUCACAGGAAGAAGAGAAUUUGAUAAUUGAACUGCAUUCGGUACUAGGCAAUAGGUAAAAAAAACAAAAGGCAGCUUAGUACACGAGUCGAUUAUAUUCUGUACCUGUACCACCACUUUACAUUCGUGUUCUUUGUUUGGUGGUCUUAUUAAUAUGUUUUUUCUUUCUUUCUUUUGCUUGAUCAGAUGGUCUCAAAUUUCUGCUCAAUUACCAGGAAGAACCGACAAUGAGAUAAAGAAUCUUUGGAACUCUUCCAUUAAGAAAAAACUAAGGCAGAGGGGCAUUGAUCCCAACACUCACAAACCGAUCUCCGAGGUGGAUCAGAAUGAAGAGAGGGCCUCAGCAGCUACCAAAAGCAACGAGAAAUCAUCUGAAGCAUACAAUGAAUUGAACUUUGUUGAGGCUGAGAAUUGUAGCUAUGGAAGAGCAGUUGAGAAGCCAAAGCCACCAUCUUCAUUGGCUGUGGACUGCCACCGACUAAUUGAAAACAGCUGCAACAAUUUGAUAACAUCCGCACCUUCAACUCAUGAAUUCUUCCUGAAUAAGUUUGUUUCCUCCAUUGAAAGCUCCACAACCAGUUCUAAGCCUUCGGAUUUCCCGGGUUAUCUCUCUUUUCAGCAGCAAAAUUAUCAUCCCAAUAUCGGAUUGUCGAUGAACCCCAAUUCCACUGUCUUCUUCAAUCCAAAUUCCAAGUCUUCUGAGAUGAUUUCUGAAUUAAAUUCUUGUUCAAACCUCGCCGCUCCAACACGUAUCAGGCCUUCCAUUAGACUUCCAUCUGAUAAUAAUCCUCCAAUAGGCUCUUUUCAUGUCAACAGAGUCCAGAAUUGGGAUAUUUGUACACUCAGCAACAAUGGCAGCACCAGCAAUGGAAGCAACAGCAGUGCAGAACUGCAAAGCAAUUGUUCUUUUUUUGAAAACAAUGCGUUUUCAUGGGAAAAUUGUGGAAAAUCUGAGAAAGAAGGCCAAAAUCAAUCUUUGGGAGGUGACCCAGAAGAAAUUAAAUGGUCUGAAUAUCUGCAGACCCCAUUUUUACUUGGGACUGCAAUUCAGAACCAAACUGCUCAAGAUAUAUAUGAUGAGACUAAACCCAAACCCGAAACGCACUUCAGAACAGAUGGUUUGCCAAAUUCAAGUACUACUUGGCAUCAGAAUCAGCAGCAACAAUCUUUGCAAAGCACAGAUUUAUAUAAUAAGCAUUUCCAGAGACUUUCUGCAACUUUUGGACAAUUUUCUUAGCCUGGUUUCAUCAGGUGGAGCCUCUGAUUCUACAGGUGUGUGUUAUAAAGUUUCCUUGUUAUUUGUAAAUAGGCCUGAUACAAAGUUUCUCAGCUUUUCAAUUCCAGAUAUUUGCAAAAUGAGAGUUUGCUUUUCUUCAUUCUUUGUGUAUGGCUGUGGUAGGAAUAGGG